UCCGUGCGUGUGUCACCGGUUUAGGACCAUUAUAUUGUUUAUCAUCUUUUUUAUUUCACAAUUUAUUAUCGUGCCUUUUAUUUUACUUUUUGUACAUUCAAUUGAAUUGAAUAUUUAAGUUGUGAAUAAAUUUAUUAGUUGCAUUUUUUUUUGCUCAGUUUACCGUAAUGAAAAAAUGACCGGAUGAGUUGUUGGAGGACAUGUUGAUCACAGUCACGAUUUGUCAAUUCGUCAAAAAGUGUUUUGUUUAGACAGGAAUUAAACAAAAUUUUACAGUUUACCUAGUGAUAACAUACUGUGUGAUGCGAAAGUAAUAUAAUAUGUGACAUAAAUUUACGCUAAUAAGUUUGUAAAAAGUGUAAAAUUAAAUCGUAGUGUCUCGUUGUCAUUUGAAGGCGCACAUCAUACGCACUUGGCUGGUUUUUGACUAAAUACACCUUUUAGCACGGCAAAAUGCCCCGCGGCCGGGACGAAAUGCAAGUGAACGUGUCGGGAUUGCGGCGAAACAUCAAGAACCUCGCGCACAACUACUCAGAUGCCCAGGUCAAAGUGCGCGAGGCGACCUCCAACGACCCAUGGGGCCCGUCCAGCACCCUCAUGGCGGAGAUUGCCGACCUCACCUACAACGUGAUGGCGUUCACGGAGAUCAUGCAGAUGAUAUGGAAGCGGCUGAACGACCACGGCAAGAACUGGAGGCACGUGUACAAAGCACUGGUGCUGAUGGAGUAUCUGAUCAAGACUGGCAGCGAGAAGGUCGCGAUGCAGUGCAAGGAGAAUAUUUACGCGAUACACACGCUCAAGGACUUUCAGUACAUGGAGGAGGGGAAGGACCAGGGUCUAAACGUGAGAGAAAAGGCGAAGCAACUAGUAAAUCUAUUAAAAGACGAAGAACGCUUGAAGAACGAGCGUGCGCGUGCGCUGAAAGCGAAACAGCGCUUCGCUCAGAGCGCCAGCGCUUUCGGUAGCGACGGCGCGCUGGAUACGCCAUCAAGUCCUACUUAUCCCGCGCUGAACAGCGCCGAGCCGGCGGAGUGGGCGGGCGGGCGGGAGGCGGAGCUGGCGCGGCCGCUGACGGCGGGCGAGGAGGAGCUGCAGCUGCAGCUGGCGCUGGCCAUGUCGCGCGAGGAGGCCGAGCGCGAGGAGCGGCGGCGGCGCUCCGACGACGUGCGGCUCCAGCUGGCCAUCAGCCAGUCGCAGAACGACUUCCAGACCACAGGCACAGUGCCGGAGAAGAAGCCUGAACAGCAGUCUCAUCUCCUGGACCUGCUGGAUGUGAACCUGUCUCCGGCCGCGGCUCCCGUCGACGCCUGGGGCAACAACGCCGCGAGACAGGAGACGUCAUCGGACGCGUGGUCGGGUGUGGGGAGCCCCGCGCCCGACCCCUGGGCCCCCGCUGCCGCGCUCGAUCCCUGGGCGCCGCUCGCGCAGAGUAAAUCGCAAGCGUCAAUAUCAUCGCCGUCGUCGGGCGAGCUGGAGCAGUUCGAUGCGCUGUCGCAGCGGCCGCGCGCUGUCGCAGCCAACAACAACUCUGAACCUGACCCCUUUGACCUGACCACGCUCGGCGAUAACCUAACCUCAAAAUCACCGCCGCCCAGCACCGGAGCCAUAAAGAAGUCCCCAUCAGCUUUCCUCGGGGAGAACUCCUCGCUGGUGAACCUGGAGCGGCUGCUGCAUUCUCCACCAGCUCCCAACCCGUUCGCAGCGGAGCCCCCUCGUCAGAUGUUUGUGCCGCCGCAGCCGGCGCGGCUCACUAUCAAUGAGCUGAAACAACAACAAAUGGGUCUAACCGGUGUUAAUUUCCCGCCUUCUACGUCGCCGGCGUUCUCCACGGCCAGUGUCACCGGCAACGGGCAGCACACAGCCGGCGCGGCGGAGCCGUGGGCGGCGGCGCGCGCGUCGCCGUGGUCGCCGCAGCACACGCCCAACCCCUUCCUGUCCUAGCGCUCGCACGCGGAUGUAUGGUGUGUCCACUAGCGCCCCGCUAACUGCGCCCACGCCGGCCGACGCGUAAAUAACAAUCGCUAUUUAUAUAUUUAUUACAAUCAAUCGCACUACCAAUAAAUUACAAACGAGAGUUUACACAAAUCUCUCACAAGAUGGCGUUGGUCGCAAUUUUUAAACUUGAAACGAAGCGGAAAACUUUGAAUAUAAAUUGGUAUUUUCAAAGCGGAUUAUAUUCAAAUUUACCCGUAUAAAGUCGCAACAAAUUGAAAAAAAAAUUUAGUUGAAAAAUCUAGGAGUUACAUCACACAUACUAUAUGAAUUUGUACGCUAAAUAAACUGUGAAUUUUUUUUCUUCACCCCGGCCAAUUUGCGAGGAGCCAUAAAUUGAAUUUAAAACUACGUAGUCAAUGUUGCCAGCAUUCAAAUAGUUUACACGAUGGAGAAGCAUUGCUGCCAACAUUCAAAUAGAAUUGCCGUGACGUCACACUGACCUUUACAGGUUGAAGGUCGCCGUGUUAUAUAUUGCAUUUAUUGUGACAGAUAUUUUUAGAAAUUAAUAUUGAUUAUGGCUUCUCGUGAAUUGCCUUGAGUUAUUAAAUUGUAUUAAAUAAAAUAUAAUAUGUACAUUGUCUAAAAAAAUUGAUUGAACAAAAAAAAAUUACUAGUAUAUGACAUUGAAUUUUUUUUUUUUUAAUUAUCAAAUGAAAUUCAACAUAGAAAUUAUUAUUUUUUUAACAGUUCGGCGUCGGCGCUGUCCCAAAAUCACUUUAAUUUCUAUAUGUGUAGAGUCGAAAUCAUUAGGGCAGUAUAUUUUCGCUUGGACCUUUUCAAAAUUGAACGGUGUAUGUUUAUAUGGUGUAGGAUAACGAAUUAAAUAAGAGGGUAAAAUUAAAUUUAUAUGGACUGGUGAAGCUGUGACGUCAUUGUAUGGAAAGCGCGGUACGGCCGAUGUACAAAUAUACAGACAUACAUUUAUAUGUACGUGGUUUUAACACUAGCCAAAUUUACAGAAUAAUCUGACAUAUAGCCUACAGAUAAAAUAUUUCGCAUGAAAGAGAAAUAAGAAGGACUUUUUGUUUCAUAUUUGCUCUAGUUAUAUACAUAUAUAUGUACGCGCCACGUCUAUAUCCCUUGCGGGGUAGACAAGAGUCAACAGUCUCGAAAGAACUGAAAGGCCACGUUCAGCUUUGUGAUGGAAUUGAUAUUUAAAUAGGGACAGUCCAUCGCCUACAUGAGGAACCUUAAGUUUAAAAGUCAAUCCUUUAGUCGCGUUUUACGACACCCAUGGGAAACAUAUGUAGUGGUUCUAUUCUGAAGUGCCACAAACCACACAGCUUUAGUACUUCGAUAGAUUUUUUUUAGUCGAAGCUAUAAUUCCGAUAUACGAAGUGGUCUGAUAAAUCGCUCAAUUUGUAUGACACGGCAAAAAUAUUUUUUCACUAGCUUACGCGCGAGGCUUCACUGCUGUGGGAAUUGCUGGAAUGGAAUCAGCCUGUAUAUAGUUUGACUUUACUAUGUCUAUACACUUUGUCUUUUCUUAAGAGAUCCAGCGGUUCAGCUGUUAAACAAACAUUUUCAUUUAUCAACGAGAUUGUUAACUUUGGAAUCUUUAAAAAGUCGAUGAAAUUCAAGAAUUAAGUUUGUUAAAAAAUUGCCGUGUGGUUCCCGGCACCAUUUGAAAAAGAAUAGGACCACCCCAUCUCUUUCCCAUGGAUGUCGUAAAAGGCGACUAAGGGAUAAGGGAUAGGCUUACAAACUUGGGAUUCUUCUUUUAGGCGACAGGCUAGCAACCUGUCACUAUUUGAAUCUCAAUUCUAUAUCAUUAAGCCAAACAUCUGAACGUGGCCUAUCAGUCUUUUUAAGACUGUUGGCUCUGUCUGCCCCGCAAGGGGUAUAGACGUGAUUAUAUGUAUGUAGGUAUUCAGAAAAUUUGGUUUGUGUUAAGAAGUCAACUAGCCUCCGUUGCCACGCGCGACGCAGUUUCUGCCGCGUGCAAAAACUAUCGCUGUCCCGUUCCACGUCAUAAUAAGAAGCGAGAUGGCGAUAUAUUUUUCACGCGGUAAAGCAUCGCGCGUGUACGCAUGGGAGCUGUAUGUAUAUAUAUUUCAUAUCUAUUCUUUCAUAAACCCAUCAUCAUGUUAUAUUAUUUUAUGUUUGGAUAAACAUCCCAAAUCAAUAUUUUAUAUGUAAUGUAUCAUAAGUGAAACUAAUGUUUUCUUUUUUUUUUCUAAUAAAUUAUAUUGCGACAUUUUUUUUCUAUUAUUUCUUUUUUCACAUUUUUUUUUUUUUGGUUUCUACGCAUUUAUUCUGUAAUAUGAAAUUAUUCUCGUCGAAUUUGAUCCAAACAACGAAACCUUACAAAUUUUAAUGUAGUUUAUGAAUGUAAUGUCAUAAAUUGAAAUCAAGUUUAUUUUCCAAAGAUAAAUUAAUUUACUCUGCUGCACCAGAAUACUUACAAAAAAUAUUUGCAAAAGAAAUUUCAAUUGUAAAUUUGUUUGUUUACUCUUUAUUGUAUACUAGCGACCCGCCCCGGCUUCGCACGGGUGCAAAAUUCGGAAAAAAUUAUACAUAAUAACCUUCCUCUUGAAUCACUCUACCUGUUACAAAAAACCGCAUCAAAAUCCAUUGCGUAAUUUUAAAGAUUUAAGCAUACAGACAAACAGACUAAAAUAGCGACUUUGUUUUAUACUAUGUAGUGAUGAAAAUGUGUAUAACAAAUUACAAAACAGUCAUUGGAUUUUAGAAGAUUAUGUUACAAUGGCGGACUUUCCCAAUUAGGAUCUCUUCCAGUCAACCAAAAUUAAUUUGAGUGCGUUUAUUUCUUUAUAUAUUUAUGUACAUGAAGGAAAAAAUAAAAACAGAACUUAAACUAAAGAGAAAAUUCAGUAUAAGGGUAUUACUUAUUUCUAGAGAAAUUUCUUCCAAUAGCGACAGGAACAUGUAAACAAAUGCGUUUAUUUUCGAUGUACCUGACGGUAAGCAAAAUCGAGGUCUAAGGUACAUGCAAGUUUAAUUUAUGCCUGUUUAUCACGUGAUAUACCUAAUUCGACGAGAUUUCGGCAAAGCAUAUAUAUGAAUGUAUGAAUUAAAGAUUAAUUUGAAAUAACGCAACUAAUAUAUUUCAUCGUCAUACUGAAUAACUGAAUAUAUUUCAUCGUUCUUUCCACAAGGCAAAAAUAAACUAUGCAAUAAGGAAUGGAAAUUUAUGUAACUUGUGAGAGAAAUGAAGAGACAGAUUUACACUUUAUUUUUGAAUAGCAGGACUACUUAUCAAUUUCUUCAUAACUCCACUGUUACCGAUUUUUAAACGAAAAUACAAUAAAACAUAUCUUUAUUGUAAACAAAUACACGUGUUGUUGAGCAAAGGCGGAUUUAUCGCUUAGCAAUCUCUUCCAGCCAACCAGACUAUUAUAUAAUAGAUUUCCCCCGGCCGCGCUUGCCAUUUGCUAGUUAAUUAUCACGGCAUGACUAUAUGAAAUAAAAUACGAGUGUGCAUUUUGUACAAGUUUCUCUCUCAUUUUGAGCGUACCCUCAGUCGUCAUUUAGAGGGCCUAGGACUCAUCUUUUGGCAUCCCUAAGUUCCAUUU